AUGCCCACCAACCACGCAGCCUGGCAAGACUCACCUGGGACUACCCUCACAAUCCGACCAACGCCCUACCCAACAACCCUCUCCCCAACCCAGCUCCUUAUUCAACCCUCAGCAUGGGCGAUUAACCCCUGCGACCACAUGCUUCAAGACACCGCUCUCCCGUUCAUUAAAUACCCCCUAAUCCUUGGCGAAGACAUCAGCGGCACCGUCAUAUCCACAGGCACCGCCGUAACACGCUUCAAAGCCAGCGAUCGCGUCCUAGCCUUUGCGCAGGGCGCAUUCCGAGGUCCGCAUAUGGGCGGGUUCCAGGAGUAUGUUGUUGCAGAAGCGAGUUUCACGUGUCUACUUCCAGAAGAUAUGGAGUUUGAAGAGGGUGUUGUCUUUCCGCUUGGGAUUACUACUGCCUCACAUGCGUUGUUUAACAAGGAGUUUUUGGCGCUGGAGAAGCCUGGUUUGGAGAUUGAGAUGGGGAGUAUGGGGAAAUCUGUGUUGAUUUGGGGUGGUGCGUCGGUUGUGGGGACGAAUGCGAUUCAACUUGCGUGCGCGGCUGGGUUGGAGGUUUAUGCGACUGCGUCAGAGAGGAACUUUGAGUAUUUGAAGAUGCUUGGUGUUAGUCGGGUAUUUGACUAUAACAGUGAGUCUGUCGUGGACGAGAUUGUGGCUGCGUUGGAUGCGCCCUCUUGUGCUGGGAUCUUUCAGGCUGCCGGGGCAGAGGACUCUGUGAAGCCGUGUUUGGAGAUUGCGGAGAAGGCGAUGGGAAACAUUUUUGUUGUGACGACGAUGCCGUUGGUGGAGGGGUUGGUUCCUGAAGGUGUUAGGGCUAAGAUGCUGUUUGGGGACAAGCACGAUGAUAUUUUGGAGAUCUGGGAGAAGUUCUUGCCACAGGCGCUGGUUCAGCAGAAGUAUCUGGUUGCGCCGAAGCCGUUUGUGAUUGAGAAGAAAGGGCUGGAGGGAAUUCAGGAGGGAUUUGAUGUGCUGAGGAAGGGUGUCUCGGCGAAGAAGGUCGUUGUUGUUGCUCAUUAG